AUGGCGAACAGGAUGAAAAGUUUGACGCCUCUUAUUAUUUCAGAAAAGCAAAGCGCUUUUAUUAAGAAUCGGCUCAUUACCGAUAAUUUUCUUGUAGCCUUUAAAAUUGGUCAUUAUUUGAAGAGGAAGCGGAGAGGGAGGAAUGGGAUGCCGGUUCUUAAGUUCGAUAUAAGUAAAGCAAAUGACAGAGUUGGAUGGAAUUUUGUCGAGAAAAUGAUGCUUAGCUUGGGUUUUAGCAGGCGUUGGGUUGACUUGAUUAUGGUUUGUAUUUCGACUGUGAGGUAUACGAGUAUUGGAGACUAUUUUGAGAUGGAUCAUAUUUUUCCUAAUAGGGGGUUGAGGCAAGGAGACCUGCUCUUCCCUUAUUUAUUCAUUAUUUGUGCUGAAGCGUCGGUGGAGGAGAUUAGUGUACUAAAGAGAUGUUGGACUACUAGAAAUUGGCAUCUGGUCAAAAAGUGA